AUGGCCACUGAAAAUAAAUUUUACUUUUACCUCACAAUAGUUCGUCAUGCUCAAACAAAGGAAAACGUAUCCCAGAUUAUUCAAGGACAAAAUGAUACACUUCUUACUCCUUUUGGGGAGCACCAAGCAGCUGAAGUCGGAACGAGCCUUAGCAAUCUUCAGAUUGAUCAGAUUUUUACAAGUGACCUCAUGAGGUGUUUAUGUACCGCUAAGGCUAUCCAAAAAGCAUAUACUAAAAAGACCGUUCCAUUAACUGAAAGCCACUUAAUGCGAGAGAGAAAUUUCGGUUUAAAUAAUGGGAAACCCCGAUCAGAAGUUCAUGACUUUAUCGCUUUAGCGAAAGCCAGUCACCGUGGUUGUGAAAUGUGGCGUGAAGUUCAGGGCGAAUGCGGUCAUCAGAUUUUUUGGAGAGCUGUCAGCUUUUUCUUUGAGUUGUGUGAAUUUGCUUCUAUGCAAACUACCAAAAUGGAGCCAGAUUUCUUCGCUGAAAAUUCCCCAGGAAAUUGUUCUCUACCAGUAUUGCUACCACUUUAUCAGGCUCCUGUACCCCAGGCCUUCAACCUAUGCGAAAAUCAUCAUCAACAAACUAACUAUAAAGGACACUUUGUUUUGGUUAGUCAUGGCCAAUGGAUUCGUGAAUUCAAUUACAUUAUCUACGCCUUGUCUGAGAAAACUCGUGGAUUCCCACUACACCGAGAUAUGGUCGCUGUGCUUAGUAAUUGUCAAUUCAAUCAAUUUGGAGUAGCAGUAGAUUAUGAGAAGCUCUCAACUCGAAUCUCCCAUAUCAGAACUACAAUGGAGUCCACUCUCAGAGACAAGAAAAAAGCACAUAAUGUUCGAUUUUGUCCGUUCGAUCUGACAGAUCUUGCUCAGGAUCUACCUAUUUUUACGGUGUGCUAUCAUGCUCGAGUUGAUGCUGAUAGCGUCAAAGAGGGUACCACCUCAGCUCCACCUGUUGUCGUGGCAACCAGGAAGGAAGAAGAGGAGGCGAAGAAAGUGGAGAAAUCGAAUAUGAUUGCUGCAGCUGCUGCAGCCGGGUCUGGCGUGGAAACACUAUAUUUCGCAAGAGAGGAUGACGAAUAUGCCGGUCUGCCGGAAGUCAAGUAA